AUGGAAAGUUUUUUUGAGGAGCAUCAAAAUGUUUUGCUCAAUGAAUACCUCACAAAUCCAUUGUUUUGGAUAAGUCAUCCGUAUAACCCUAUUCAGUACAAGGAUAAAAUUAAUGCAACUCCCAUAAAAAUUAAAGAGAAGAUUUUAAAUUGUUCCAGAAUAAUUGAUUUAAUUCAAAAUAUAAUUGAGGAAUAUGGUGAAAAUAUACAAAACGUUAGAUUGAUUUGCAAUAAUAUCAUUAGUGAAAUGGGUCAUAAUUUGAAUAUAAGGGAUAUUCGAAUUCUAGGUUUCAUGCUAUCUCUUGUUUUUUCCAAAAUUUUUGAUGGUUUAUAUUAUAAUCAUAAAGCAAUAAAAAAUAUUAAGACAUCUAUACAUAAAUAUCCAGUUGUUUUCCUGCCAAAUCAUAGGAGUUAUUUUGAUUUUCUUAUAAUAUCAUACAUCUGUUUUUUAAAUGAAAUAAAUAUACCCUAUAUUGCAUCAACCACAGAUUUUUUAUCAAUAAAAUUGAUCAGUGAACUUCUUAGAGGAUGUGGUGCUUUUUUUAUAAAACGUAAUUUCAAAAAACCUAAAAUAACUGAUAAAGUUACCAAAAUCGAGGAUGCUUACCUGAUAGAAAGUCAACAAGCUUAUUACAAUGUACUUUAUGAAGCUAUUUUAGAGGAGUACGUGAAACAUUUAAUGAUAUCUGGUCAUACACCUUUGGAAUUUUUCCUGGAGGGAACUAGGAGUAGAAGCCUUAAAAAUCUCCCUCCAAAAAUUGGCUUAUUAUCCAUGGUUUACAAAACCUUCCUGAGUGGUCACGUGAGCGACGUCCAUAUUUUCCCGAUAACAAUCAAUUAUGACAAAGUAUUGGAAGAUUUCUUGUUCGUCAAGGAGUUAUUAGGUAUCCCAAAACCAAGGGAAACUGCAAAAAGUUUGAUGAAAGUGAUAAAAAGAUUAUUUUUGGACACACCUAUCCAUUCCUCUAAUUCCUUGGACCUCGAAAGUCCUAGUAAACCAAAAUUUUAUUGCGGAAAUGCUUACGUUACUUUUCACAAUGUCAUUUCCUUGAGAGAGCAUCUCGAUCCUCUAAGACGGAAAGAAUUUGUUCAAAAAAGAUACAUGUCAUUUGACUCGUCAUUGAAUCCAUAUGAAAUCAAGGCGAUAAAGUUACUUGCCCAAAGCAUUUGCGAUACCUUGGCUUCACCCAUACCUUGCCUUGAGGAAGGCUUCGAUUUAUCCGUCCUGCAUUGCAUGAUAAACCUUUUGUGCCAUUGCGAAAACACAUAUGACUCUUAUCGUUAUCUUAACGAAGGAAUUACUCACGAAAUUUCUAAAGAUGAUCCCGAUUAUUCGAUAAAAAUUAAAAAUUUCCCCAAUACCAACACCUCAAUUCAAACUAGUCAUUAUUUCUCCUCGCUCUUCGAUAUUGGGAUUCAAUACGCCACAACUUUUCGGCGUCUUUUAUCGAAAUUCCGUGCGCUUUUUCCUCGGUUAAUUUCUUACGAUCCGUUAAACAAUCACAACGGGGGAGAAGCAGUUAUAACCCUACUCACUUUCUUACCCGUCUCUAGAUAUAAGGACACUCCUAAUACAUAUGAUCCUAACGAUAAUUUUAAUGUAAAAAGUGAAAGAAAUUUCGAUGAAAAUUACAUAUUAUCCCACUUGUAUCGAUUCGCCAACGACAGAAUAUCCAUAGCAAGGACCCUUUUCGUCAAUUGCGCCACGAUUCUUUCAAUUAAGGUCGAACUCGAUAAUAUCAAAGAGCUUACAUCCAAUGAAUGUUCUUCUAUAACUUUGCCUAUAACUGGUAUGUUCAAACACUUUGAAUUUUUGUGGAAACUAUUUGGACGAGAACUUUCUUUGAAAGGGGAAGAUCAAUCAUACGCGAAAAAGAUGUUGAUAGUCUCUCUGAAAACCUUAUAUCUGAUCAAUCGAAAUCGAGAGGGCCAAACUGGUCACGUGAUAUUUUUUGAAAAUUCCUAUUCCAUGUUGUCUUUUCAAAAAAAUCCGAACCUGAACACAUUAUUUUUCCCAGAAAAAUGCGAGUUCGUUUCGGGAUUCUUGCGGCCUUACAUAUUUGGAUAUCUGAUGAUCUUAACAUUACUCCAUGAUGGAAUCGGAGAAACAAACUUUGAAACAACGGACCCUACAAAAUUACUCAUCCAUUUCUUAAAGACUUCUCCUAACACCUCUAACCACGAUGACCACUCUAGCUCCAACAAAAUCGGUAAUUCGUUUAUUAUUAACCCCAAAGUAAAACAUGAUAGUAAUGAAGCCACAAUUGGUAAAUCCUUAAACCCACUAGACAAGAAGGAACUGAUAAAUUGGAUUAGGAUAAACCUUUUACUAAAAAUAGAAAUAGAUCCUGUCUGCCGUGCCUUGAGUUGCACAUCAGAUUUCAUAGGAAAUGCUAUAGAAACAAUUUUUCAGUUAUUUAACACGGAAAUGAUGGUGGCAGAUGAUGAUCAAGAUGCAUUUCUUGGUGCAGGAGAAGGGGGUGGUGUAAAUUAUGAGAGGAAGCUAAAAGAGUUGAAAUCAUACUUGUGCAAUCUCAUAGGGCAUAUCAAUGUUUAUAUAUCAGCGUAAUAUAAAUUAUUUAAAACUAUUGUUUUUUUCCAAAAAAAAUGUAUUAUAUAUGUAUUCCUAUCUUAAUAUUAGGGUCAUGAAUUGAUCAUUGUAUGUAACCAUUAGUUGUAUAAAUAUAUUGUUUUAAUAGCUCGCCAAAAAAAAAACUUU